ACCUAGGUUCCGUAACUUCGUGAGUAAACCGUGCUACAUGAUCAGUCGCAUCACACCGUCACAGAGUUGAAGUACGACUUUUGUCCGACAUGAAAGUGAAGGACGCCACGUCUAAUGAGCCGCGGGAACAUCACACCAAGAAGAGAAGGGGAAGGAAAACGGUUCUGGUAAUCGAUCGGCUCCUCGAUCCCGGCCAGAUAAACCGGCCUGCGAACCCCGCCGGCCAGCAACAGAAACGGCAGAUAACAACGUAUGCAAACCCGUUCGGCCUGACUCACGCCCGUCUUCGCUCCCAUCAUCAGGCAAUCUUGAUCGUUCCGCAGUUCUUCCAGAUGUGCAGAUCGGCUCUUGUAGCUACCUAGAUAGCUAUAUAGACACCUGGCACGUUCACGGCGCAUCACCAACCCGCCUACCUGGGCUCAUAUCUGCACAAUUAUCCCUCCAGCAAUAACCCGAUGUCUACACAAACAGUCCAGUGGUUUUGCUAUACCUAGUGUUUGUCCGCUGCAGUAGGUAUAAGUCAAGUCCACGGUCCACGAUGGGCAGCGACGGCGGCGGCAGCCGCUUCGAACUGGCCAGUGAUACCAGCGACGUGGCCGCGUAUGACGACAACCUCGGCAAUACCGCCGCCGCCCAUAUCGGCCUCGCGCGAUCGCAGGCUUGGAAUCUCUACCUCAGUCACGCGCUCUCGACGUGGAACGCCCGCGGCUACGAGUUUGCCACCAUCCUCUUCACGGCUGCCGCGUAUCCGGACACGCUCACGGCCGCUGCGCUCCGCAUGAUUAUCGUCUACUUCGCCAUGAUACUCCUCUCGAGCUCGGUUGGGCACUGGGUCGAGCGGUCGCCGGACCGGCUGCGCACGCUGCUCUCCACCAUCGUCUGCAACCGCAGCUCCGUCAUCCUCGGCUCCGUCUUCUGGGUCCUAAUCCUGAGCCAAGAGGACCUAGCUGGCGGGGAGGGCGCCGUCUUCUCCCUGCAGGCGAACGCCCUCGUCAAGGGCGCCGGCUUCGCCGUCACCGUCGCCUUCGGUAUCCUCGAGCGCCUCAGCGCCUCCGGCAACCUUAUCUCCAUGGAGCGCGACUGGGUCGUCGUCGCCGCCGCCCCGGCCGGCCGGCCCUACGACCUGGCCCACCUGAAUGCCGUCAUGCGGCGCGUCGACCUCGUUUGCAAGCUCCUCGCGCCUAUUCUCGUAUCCGCUGUCGUCUCGGCCCUCGGCUCCAUCCGCUUCGGUGUCGUGUUCACGGGGUUGACGAGCCUCGUCAGCAUGCCGAUCGAGAUUGUCUCGGCGAAGAGGGUCUGGAACAGCAGCCCUCUGCUACGGGCGCCGCGCCAGGUGCCCCCGCCAUCGCCAGCCGCCGCGCACCCCCAGAUGAAUUCCAGGCCGUCGCCUGCAGCGCGGAUCAGGCAGUACUUCCACAGCUUCGAACCAUACUUCGGCACGGUGGUGUGGGUGCCGUCGGCGGCGCUGGCGCUGCUGCACUUCAACAUACUGACCUGGCGCGCCACCUUCAUCACGUACCUGAUCAGCGUCGGCUACUCGCUCAACAUCAUCACCGUCGCCCGCGCCCUCGGCUCACUAUUCGAGAUCGGUAGCACCAUCAUCACGCCCCAUGGCAUUGAGUACAUGGGGAAGGCUCACCACCAUCAUCAUCAUCACGCCGUGCCCUCCUCCGUAGUAGGCGCGAACGGCGGCGACGGCGACGAGUCGAGGGUCGGCUUGAUCGCCGACAGCCACCAGGAUGCGGCAGGGGGAGACGAGGAUUAUGAUGGUGGUGGUGGUGACCGUGACAUUCAGACCCUCGUCGGGCUACAGCGCUUCGGGCUCUGGGGUAUCAGCUGGCAGUUGAUCAACACGGUACCCGUCGUCUACGCGCUGUGGGCCAUCUCGACGCAACGAGACGAAGGGGGAACCGUAGAACGGGCGGCACCACCGCGGCCGCCACCGGACGUGGCCUGGAGCGUUGUGCUAUUCUCGUUCCUCGCCUUCUCCCGGCUCGGCGUAUGGGUGUUCGACCUGACGACGCAGCAGCUGACGCAGACGCUGGUGCCGGCACGGCAGCGCUCACUAUUCGCCGGCGCCGAGGCCAGCGUCGUCAACGUGUUCGAGCUGCUCGGCGCCGGCGCCGCCAUCGCCUUCCCUCAUCCUGGGCAGUACCGCGGGCUCGCCCUCGCAAGCCUUGCCUCCGUCCUCGCCGCCUGGCUCAUGUACGCGGCCUGGGUCCGCCGCCGCCGCGGCCACCUGGUCCAUUGGGAGAAGCUGGCCGGCGGCCUCCUCACCAGCCCUGGCCGCUGGUGAGAGAGAACCAUGGCGCUAGAGGCUGUGCGUUGCUGGCGAUUCCAGGAGGAAUAGGGUCCCUACUCCUAGGGAUUUGCUGGCAGACUGACUAGGGGGUGACAAGACCCCCCUCACAAAGAAUCGAUAGAUCAAUGGGAUGAAAGAGAGUGAUCAUAGGCACAGUCAGGAUGCUUCUCUAGUGUAGGCAUGUGUCAAAAUGCUACAGAAUAGUGUGUAUGGACGUGACUAUCGCCACGCCUGCUGAACAACACUAAGCCUAGUAGUACACCAACCACCCUUCU